UGGGGCUAUCUGCCAAUCAAAUUGGAAUGAUCAUAAUCUUAUAAAUGACGAGCUUGAUGAAGACGGUGGAUCGUACGAAGUAGAUAAUUCCGAAUCUAGUAGUGACGAUCAAGCCUGUGAGUUAAAAAAAUGUGGUGCGUGGUGUUUUUCCUGGAUGAUGACACUUACGAAGUGAUUCCGAACAUAUGGGUUUGUAGUGAGAGUAAAGAACUUACUUAUUUUCCGAACGUUGAGGGUUUUAAACUAUACGAAAUAAUUAAAAAUCGUACAAUACCUGCUAAAGAAUGGCCGAUAUAUAAAAUCAACGUUUUAGCUGAAUACGCUGAUUUCCACUAUGCACAGGUUCAAUGCGAAGAGGCGCGAUGUGGAAAUGUUAUAUCCAAUAAUGAUGAAUCCAACUCUCAACAAAUAAAUGCCGGAAAAGGGCAAAGGGUGCGCAAACCCAACAUCAAAUUAUCCGAAUAUACAAGUUUGAACACAGAUGAUGAGGAACUUGGAAUCUCAACAAGUUUUCGAAAAAUAGACCAUAAAAAGAGUGGAAGUCAAACCACGGCCGAUUUAAAACAAAACCUCACCGAGCAUGAUGCUAGUUCGAGCAAGGAUGAUGGGGAUGCUACAUUGACCAGGUUUCCAAGAAUUGACUAUAAAAGUGGCAACCUCGGUGGCAACAAACAAACAACAGGAGUAGCUAAAGUAAUAGCAAUGUGCGAUGACAAUGAGAACAAUAUUAUAUUAAAUAAUAUGGUAGAGGACAUUUCGUACAAUACAAAAAUCGUGGAUAAUAUUUCAUUGAUCGUGACGAAAUUAGAAGAAAUCACUCUGAAAAAUGAAGGUAGGUGCAGUAAAAUGUGGCUGGAACUAAAUUUCCACAAUUUAGAAUUUCAACGAAGGAUGUUUCGCCAGCAAUUUAUUAUUCAAAACAAAUUAGCUGAUUUGGAAUCGCUGAUAGUCACCCUUGUAAUGUCCUCGUUGUGAGGGAGUUGGAUUUAUUAGGAAUUACUAAUUAUUUAUUGCUAUUACUUCUUAUAACUAGGUGUUUACAUUGUCGCUGUUAGACCAAUAAUUACCGACUGCACCUUCUACAAACUGUGCAACCCACUAACAUUAUUGGGGUCAGUACUGCUUGCACAAUGUGCUUAUUUAUGCACUACACCUACCCCUUUUAUAAAAAAAAUGUCUUUUCGUUUGUUGAUUUGAUUACUAUUAAAUGAAGGGAGAAAGAAAUUGUAAAAGAAAAGACAUUUUACAAAAAUCUAUACAAAACUUAACUAAAAGAGAGACCGUAGUACCAUUUUGGAAACACUCGCAUAUUAACUUUACAGUCAAUGACAUUGUUUAUCUUAUUUCUUUCCAUUAAAAAAGUUCAGUCCUAAUUACAGCACAGCACUCAUAUUAAUCUUGUAAUGUGAACAAUAUGAAGAAAAGUACGGGUUAUUUAUAACGUAACAUUCUUUUGAGAUCUUGCUCCACUGUCGUUUGGUGUCCUGCUUAUUUUCUCCGCAAUUUCAGGACCUGGAUUCAGUUGGGUGUAGCCUGUUAUACUACUGCAGCAUUCUCAGGAGAUUGUCAUUUUGCGGUUGAGUGUUUAUUGUUUGGUGGUCCACGACUCCCAAUCGAUCACAUGCAAAAGAAAAAAUUUUAGCAACAUGCUUGAAAUUAUUACGAACUAAGAGAUAUCUAAAAUAACCAUUAUCAUACACUUAAUUACCUAAAAUGAUUAAAGCAUCUUACUUUACAUUCCUAUAUUUAUUAUUAUAGCUAGAUUAGUGCGCACUAUAUUACCUAUUCUAAAUUGUUCCUGUCACUACUUAUAAAAUUUUCGAAGCCUAUUUUUAUGCACUUUGAAGUGUUUUCCGUUAGUGUCUAUUAAUGUACAAUUUGGUUCACUCACUGACACUACACUGAAGGGUCCAUUAUAAACCGGAUCAAACUGAGUCCUUGAUUCGUUCGUUACUAAUACUAAAUCUCCAGUCCUUACAUCUAACCUAUUUGAAUUAACAUCAUAACCUAUUUUUCUAACUAAUUUACCUUUUUGCAAAUAUUUAUUGGCUCUAUUAUUUGCAAUUUGGAGUCUAUAUUUGACUUCCUUCGCGUAAGAGUCAAUAUUAUAAAGUGGAUCUAUAUGUGCAUCCAAAAAAUCGUUCGGUAAUGUUGGUUUUUUGGCAAAAACAAGUUCAAAUGGACAAUAAUUGUGAACUGUGGAUGGGGUUGUAUU